AUGGCUGCCACCCUCAGCAACGGAUCCACCGACCCAGAGACCAUCUACACCAAGCAAGCAUGCAUAGGAGGAGGGAGCUUCGGCAAGGUCUACAAAGGCGUGGACAAGCGGACCGGCCAAUCGGUGGCUAUCAAGAUUAUCGAUGUUGAGAAUGCCGACGACGAGGUCGACGACAUCAUCCAAGAGAUCUCCAUCCUGGCUGGGCUGAAGUCGCCCUACGUCACACAGUACUAUGGAUCAUAUCUCAAGGGCUCGGAUCUGUGGAUCAUCAUGGAGUACUGUUCGGGCGGCAGUUGUGGAGAUAUGUUGAAGCCGAGGGUGCUGGAGGAGGACUACAUAUGCAUUAUUGUGCGGGAGCUGUUGAUGGGGCUGGAGUAUCUACACAGUGAUGGGAAACUGCAUCGAGAUAUCAAGGCUGCGAACAUACUUCUGGGAGCCAAUGGACAGGUCAAGCUGGCGGACUUUGGUGUGUCUGGUCAGCUUACGGCGACGAUGACGAAGAAGAAUACAUUUGUUGGAACACCCUUCUGGAUGGCCCCAGAGGUCAUCAAGCAGUCUGGCUACGAUCACAAGGCUGACAUCUGGUCUCUGGGGAUUACCGCACUGGAGCUGGCGCUUGGAGAGCCACCAUACAGCGACAUCCAUCCAAUGAAGGUCUUGUUUCUGAUCCCAAAGAACCCAGCGCCAGUAUUGGAUGGCAACUUCAGCAAAGACUUCAAAGACUUCGUGGGACGAUGCCUGCGGAAAGAGCCAAAAGAGCGGCCGAGCGCACGAGAUCUGCUCAAGCACCCUUGGGUGCGGAAGGCGAAGCGGACGGCAUACUUGACGGAACUCAUUGAGCGGCACGAGCGGUGGCAGGCUACACACCGUGAAGACAAGGACCGUGACGACGAUGACUACAGAGAAGACUCGCCAUCAAGAGAUAGCGAAGAGGAAGAUCUGUGGGACUUUGGCACGGUCAGGCCGGCUGGCAGACGUGCGAAUGGAACGAGUGGACUGAGAGCGAUGAAUGAGUCUGGUAUGAACUCGCGACGGAGCCAGGCACCGUCAUCGCCCACCAAGCGCUCGGUGUCCAAUAAGGAGAACAGCUUCGACGAGGACGAGACCAAAUCAACAGUCAAAGGCAUGAUGCCACCUCCGCCACUUCCAAAGACACCCUUAGCGACCAAGCCAUCUCAACCUCAGCCAUCGCCUGGGCAGGCCGCAAAGGUGCCUCUCCCUGCAUCGCCCACGAGAAAGCCGGUACCACAUCAGACACAGCUCCAAACGACACCUCAACGUGACAAACCACAAGCAUCACCAAAACCGCCCGAAACACCACAAAGCCCACGAAUGCUUAACGACGACUUCCUGCAACAAUCGAUCGCAAGCGACAUGUCCAAGUACAUGAAAGGCUUGGCAAUCGAAGAACGACCAAUAUCAGGACCGAAGCUGCAGCCAGCAGCGCAGACUUCCACAACCAGCGCACAAGGCUCACCGCAAGCUCGUACACCUCAGCAAGCUCCAAACACCGCCCUCCCACCCGCGCAGAACUCGACUAACGAACUCUACCAAAAACCACUACCCACCUUCGCUCCUCCCGCGAACGGCAGCAGACCGCCAAGCACCCAACAACCGCAAUCCAGAUCCUCCCUCGACUCCGCCCGAAGCUCCACACCCCCAACCUCCACACCCCCCACCUCAAUCCCCCCACAAGACCAACCCGUCACAGCCCUCUCCUCUGUCGUCCUCCCCGCCCUCGAAGCCGCUCUCCAACGCCGCAGCUACCAACUCUCCCUCGAACAGAAAAAACACAACGCUCGCGUCUCCAACGGUCCAACCGAUGCCAAGGCAGAAGAAUCUAUGGCCCUGAAACGCCAGACGCACGACCAGAUACGGAAGUGCAUGGGGAAGAUCUCGCGGCUGUUUAAAGAAGUGGAUCAUUGGGACGGGGUGGCGGGGGUGAGUAUGGGGGAUGGAGUGGAAGGGGUGCUGGAGGGGUUUUUGGAGGAGGUGCUUUGUCGGGUUGAGGCGGAGGAUGCGUAG